AUGACGUCGUCACCAUCAUUCGCAUCCAUGACUCCACCUGUAUCAAUGCCUUCAGUCGUAACAGCUCCCAAACAAUCCAACCAAAAGAUAAAGCAAGAACCAAUUGAAGCUCGUCUAAGUUUAGCUGGUUUGUUGGGUUUGGAGUGGUCGGCAGCUAUCGUUACCGGUGCAUUGGUGGCUCCAGCUGUCACAGUGAUUGAUAAGGCUAUUAUUGCUAACGCUUCCGGUGUGAAAAAGUUAUGGCCGGGUCUCGUGGAGGGUUUCUCUACCAUGCUGUUUAAACCGCUAUACUUUGUCAGGCAGCCUAGUUUCUUAUUCAUUUGGGUUGCGUAUGCGGGCACAUAUGUGACUGCCAACACAAUAGAGGGUCUAUACAAACGAGGGAGCAAAGACUAUGCCAUCCCCAAAUUCCUCGGCACAAGUGUCUCCAACAUUACCCUAACAGUAAUGAAGGACCAAGCCUUCACGAAAUGGUUUGGCGCCGUGUCUCCCAAACCACUACCCUUAACUUCAUACGUCCUCUUUGCAUCUCGUGAUGCCCUAACCAUUGGAUCAUCAUUCACCCUUCCCGGACCAGUAUCACGACAACUACAAGCGACCUUCCCUGGUUUAGAAGCCGCAAAAGCAGAUUUCUGGUCUCAGUUGCUGCUACCGUGUGCAGUACAAAUGAUUUCGUCGCCUUGGCAUUUGCUUGGGUUGGACUUGUAUAACAAUCCGGGGAACAGUGUUGCGCAACGAGUUGCGUUUAUUAAAAGAGAGUAUGUUGGCACUUCGCUCGGAAGGAUGGCAAGGAUGUUUCCUGCUUAUGGGCUUGGUGGAAAUUUCAACAUGUAUCUGAGGAAUAAGCUCAAGGCGCAAGCCGCGAAGGGAUUGUAG